AUGAUUGGAUUAUUGAUUUGUUUCUCUGUGGUUAAUGCAUUCAAGACUGAUGUAUAUUAUUCUAUUUCAAGUGAAGAACCUGUUGAAUGGAAUAAAAGAGGAACAAUUGAAUGCAAUAAUUAUCAAUGCACAUUUGAAAAUGAACAAAAUUUAGAAUUUACAAAGGUUAGUUUUUUAUUCUUUUAUCAUUUAGUUAUGUUUAAUCAAUUAGAAUAA